AAAUCCCUCUGACAUUUUCUUUGUCUCACUAAUUAAGACUACAAAGCAAAUCAAAUCACUAAACCGGAAAAAAUGGCUGGAGGUCUCGGAAAAUGCAGCAAGAUCCGUCACAUUGUGAGGCUGAGACAGAUGCUCCGACGGUGGCGCGAUCAAGCGAGGAUGUCUUCUUCUUUCAGCCGUCGAGUACCGUCGGAUGUACCGUCAGGACACGUGGCGGUCUACGUAGGAAGCAGUUGCAGGAGAUUUGUGGUGCGCGCGACGUAUCUGAACCAUCCUGUCCUAAGGAAUCUUCUGGUUCAAGCUGAGGAAGAGUUCGGUUUCGUUAACCAAGGACCGUUGGUUAUCCCUUGUGAAGAAUCGGUUUUCGAGGAAUCGAUUCGGUUUAUCUCCCGGUCUGAUUCGACUCGGUCAAGACGGUUUACUUGUCCCGAUGAUUUUCAGAAGAACCGCCACGUGGUGGGAAUCAGAAGCAAGAUAGACCUAUGGAUCGAAUCUCGACCGUUACUUCACGGCGUCACUGAAAAAGCCGUUUGGUGAUGAUGUCACUUGACGGCGUUCGUACGUACAGAGUAAAUAGACAAUAAAAUG